ACAGUGAGUCUCUCCAAAAGCAAAGCGGUAUGCUAUAUAUUUAUAUCAUCAGAACACUAGAAGAUACAUAACCCCUUUGAAGUUUCAAAAGCUUCUGCUUCAUCCAAAGGAUCAAUCAAUAACUUCAGGCUAUAUGCGUCAGAAGAGAUGGAUAUGAAUUUAUCCAUAAAUGGCCAGUCUCAGAUUCCUCCAGGUUUCAGAUUCCAUCCAACGGAAGAGGAGCUUCUGCACUACUAUCUGAGAAAGAAAAUGUCUCACAAAAAGAUCGAUCUGGAUGUGAUUCGCGAGGUCGAUCUUAAUAAGCUUGAGCCGUGGGACAUCCAAGAGAAGUGCAAGAUAGGAUCUGGGCCUCAGAGCGAUUGGUACUUCUUCAGCCACAAGGACAAGAAGUACCCGACUGGGACUCGAACGAACCGCGCGACAGCCGUGGGGUUUUGGAAGGCGACCGGCCGCGACAAGAUCAUAUACAGUGGCCCUACGAGGAUCGGGUUGAGGAAGACCCUCGUGUUUUACAAAGGACGAGCCCCGCAUGGACAGAAGUCGGACUGGAUCAUGCAUGAGUACAGGCUUGACGAGAGCUUGAACAAUUCCGUGGGUCCGAGUUUGGUUUGCGAGUCCUCGCCAGAAGAUGGGUGGGUGGUCUGCCGGGUAUUUAGGAAGAAGAAUCAUCAUAGAACACUAGAGAGUCCUAAGAGCACGUCGACCUCGUCCAUGGACACCGAGAUGCUGAUGAGUGCGAGCACAGACAGCAGUGUCCUGGAUCAGAUACUAUCGUACAUGGGAAGGACUAAUUUCGAAUCACCGGAGAAUUAUCCAGCACCGAUCAACAUCACCAAUAUGCAAACUCAACUGAUCCAUGGGAAGUUCUUGCACCUCCCAAGACUGGAUGAGAGUCCACACUUGGGUCAAGAGACCGGCUUGAGGACAUUUUAUCAAAAGUUCGACGAAAUCCGCAUACCAGAGAGCGAUGACCCCUCCCCCAAGCACACCAGUUCUGAUCAUGAACCAAAAGCUGGGAAUACUGGAAUUAAUGACUGGGUCGCAUUGGACCGGCUCGUCGCUUCGCAACUUAAUGGCCAGCUUGAGAUGACCGUCGCAUCCAAGCAAUCACCCUACUCCGGAGCUUCGAACCCGGUACUGGCCAGUCCAACUCUAGGUGAUCAUCAAGGAGAGCAACUGUCCCUGCUGCAGCUAAACAGACCCAAUCAAAUUUACAGUAGUGAGAACAGUUUCGAUUGGAGCUUCGGAAAGUCAUCGUCGGUGACGCCAUCGAACCCGUUGCACCACUUGUCAGUAUAAUUAUAGCCAAGAUAUAUCAUCAAUAACCAAUUAGCAGCUACUAUAGCAAAGCUACUACACUUUCCUGUGUACAUAGAUUACUUAGGAAUAAACGUGUUUCUAUACAAAUCUCGGUUAAAUAAUGCUUAGUCACAUGAUCUGAAAUAAUCAAUGCAGUGGCAUUCGGGCAUUCGGUCCUCCAAUACCUCAUCUUCAACGCGACAUGGAUUUGUUGUUUGUUAUGAAUUGCUGUUUUAGCUUCUUUUGGGA